UAAUAUCGUCAUAGAGAUAAACAAAGCUGAGAGAAAUUUGACUGGGUUUUCUGAUCCGUCAAGUUGGAAGUUUAACAAAUGUAAUGCCAGCUAAUAAACGCCCAUCGUUUUAUACACCAAAUGAGGUCGGACUGCACAACACCAUAAAAGAUGUUUGGGUAUCAUAUUUGGGGAAAGUAUACGACCUCACACCGCUUUGUGAAGAAUAUUCAGGUGAUAUUCUGUUGAAACCCAUCAUAAGCAAUGCGGGGAAAGAUAUUUCUCACUGGUUUGAUGAUAAAACAGCAGAUAUUAGAACGCACAUAGACCGGAAGACAGGAACUCGAAAGUAUCACACUCCUCAUGGCAGAUUUGUCCAUGUCCCUCCAUCAUGUCCUGCUUCAGACUGGGCAAACGAUUUUGGCCGUCCUUGGUGGAAAGAUAACAAAUACGAAGUUGGAGUGUUGAGCGCGAAAACGAGAUUGAUCAGAAUAAUUAAUACCUUAACAUCUCAGGAACAAAUUAUUGAGGUAUGCUCCGAAGAAAAUAUGCACGAAAUAUUGAAGAGGUAUCUCAAGUACAACGCACAUGCCAGCAGUUACACAUGGAAACAUGACGGAGUUCCACUGGACAUGAAUAAAACUUUGGAAGAAAAUGGAAUAUCCGAUCAAGAUGGAGACUUUUAUGAUCUAAGCAUGGAUUAUGAACAGUGGACACCUGGCAUCCACCUGUAUUUUAACGAUGACCUAACAGAAGCUUAAUAUAAUUUCAUCCAUUUCCAAAUUCACUUUUCAGGGUUUGUAAAUAAAAAUAAGAAGCUUAAAGUUAGUGCCAGAAGAAGUUUCCAUAUUGAUGCAUGAUCUCUGCAAUUUUAAAGGAUUAAGAUUUGUUGAGCCCUGUUAUUUGUUUAUACUUCUUAGCUUAGAUAUUUUUCACGAUGUAUUUAACUGAUUAUAAGCCUGUUUCCUAAGAAACUCUCUGUACCAAAUACAAAAUAUUCAAACACCA